AUGGUGCCCCCUACUGACCCCGGGCCCUCGGGCACUGCCCGAGUUUCCAAAUGGUCAGUCCGCCCCUGGUCCCUAGGCAGGUGCGGGGGGUGCGCACUGCACCGGGUGACACCGAUCACAUGGGGGUGACACCGGACCCGCUCCACGAAAAGGCUGCACUGCCACAUCAAUGCCACAUAUCAGUGCCUACCAGUGCACAUCAAUGCCACAUAUCAUUACCCAUCUGAGCUGCCUUUCAGUGUCACCCAUUAAUGCCAAUCAGUGCUGCCAAUCAGUGCCACCUAUCAGUGCCGGUCAGUGCCGCCUACCAGUGCCAGUCAGUGCCACCUAUCAGUACCAGUCAGUUCCAACUAUCAAUGCCAAUCAGUGCCACCUAUCAGUGCCAGUCAGUGCCACCUAUCAGUGCUGCCAAUCAGUGCCAUACAUCAGUGCCAUACAUCAGUGCUGCCUUUCAGUGCCCAUCAGUGAUGCCUGUCAAUGCCCAUCAGUACCACCUACCAGUGCCUCCUCAUCAGUGCCGCCUAUCAGUGCCCAUCACUGCAGCCUCAUUAGCGCACAUCAGUGAAGGAGAAAAAUCACUUAUUUACAAAAUUUUAUAACAAAAACUAAGAAAAAAUUGGGGUUUUUUUCAAAAUUUUCUGUGGUUUUUGGUUUGUUUAAGAAAAAAUAA